GCGUCUCCGUGCCGCUUGCGAACCGACGCGCGGUAGAUGACAUCGAUGUGCGGGAUGGCGGGCCGCCCGAGCUCCUCGGCGACUUCUCGUUUGCCAUGCUCGCGCUCCCCGGCGGCUUCCGGCGGGGUCACCUCGCGGAAACGGCCGACGCAGCGAGUAGUGCGUCGUCCGCGUCUUUGGGUGAUUUGGAGAGGACGAGUCACGGUGUUUCUUCCCGACUACCUCCUCCAUCGUCCACCUCUGCGGGGAGAAACAGGAAGAACCUCAAGCCUACUGCCGCGUCCACUUCGUCCGCAUCCGCCUCCCGCACCAGGAAGCAGCCCGAGGGAGAGCAGCAGCAGCACCAAGCUCCGUCACCAACCUCCACGAAGGUGCGCGCUCGCGGCGGCUCGGUUCCGACCCUCCCGGAUCGGUUGGCGCUACUGCAUCGGUCGUCUUCGUCCAACAGCGUCGUUUUGCCGAUGGAGCUGCCCGGUCGCGACUCGCAAAUGAAUCGAACAAGCGCCGGGCCGAUCAGCAAUGCGUUGAUGGAGCGCGUUGUGGUGAUUGAUGUGAAUAGUGCUGGUGUGGCACUGACGCAGCAGCAGCAACCCGGAGCGGCCGGAAGCAUCUCCGCAGGACAGCAAUUCCUUUUGCCCAGGAGCGCAAGUCCCGUAGAGCCGUCUCCGCUCGACAGCUACGACAAUCAAUUGCAAUUUCCGCCCAAGCCCAGCUUCGGGCUAGAUUUUGGCAGCUUCGUGUCCGACCUCCGUUCCUUCUGGGAGGCGCGGCAGCGAAUUGCGUACGGUAAUUCUGCGCUCUUGCAGGCGGUUGAGGAGGGACAAGAGGACAGUAUCGAGGAGGAUGCAGCUUAUCUGGUUUCAUCUAGCAGGAGUGGCAGUGCAGCAGAGGACGCUGCUCCAGCAGACCGAUUACCGUCGCACGACUCCUUGAGUAUCCCCAUGCCCCCUCGGGAACUGACCGCGUCGUCGUCCGAGGCUGUGAGUAGUGCUAGUCGGACACAACUGACGAGCAGCAGCAAGAGGAACAUUUUGUUCCCUGCGAACAACAAGAGAAUCUUUCCCGCUGAGGGUGAAGCUCUGCCAGAAGGCGAAGUGCAGUCCCCCGUGAUCACAAGUCAAAUGCACGCGCAACAGCAAUUGAUAUCCGGCACACCGACGGCGAGCAAGGACACCAGCUGGUCUCUCGUGCCAGCUGCCGGCGGCACAACUACAGGAGUAGCGGUUUUGUCGCCGAGCAAAGGUACUAGAACUUCGCUACUAGCCCCACCUAUGGUCCCUAUUCCGCAAGUGCCACCGCAACAUGACCUUAAAGCCCCUCCAGCGGGAACACCAGAAGAGCAUUCCCAGCACCUCAUGUCGGUUCGCGCCACGAUUGUGUGUCUGUUCAAGAUGUACUUCUGUUCCGGCGUUCUGUACAUCCCCAAGGCCUUCCAGAACGGGGGGAUCCUUUUCGGCUGGCUCUGCUUCGGCGUCUUCGUUCUCACCACGACUCUCUGCGUUUUCCAAUUGAUCAAGCUCCGGAUUUACUUCGACAAGGAGCUGAAAAAGCGGAAUUUGCACAAGGAGUGCUCGUUCGGCGAUUUGGCUCUGCUGACGAUCGGGAAAGUGGGAAAGGUGUUGGUUGACAUUUCCGUUUUCCUAUCGCAGUGUUCCUUCGCCAUGUCGGGACACGUGGUGAUCGCGCAGUGCAUCGCGACGGCUUUUUCCCCGAUGGCGAACGUGCCCGCGCCGAACAGCGUGACGCCGUACGUGGAGAAGGGGGUUGUGAAUGUCACAAGGAACGGAACCUUAGUGACCAACCCGCAUCACGUUCUUGUCGCACCUUUGAACAAAACGAACAGCACUGUUCAUCGGCUUGAUCAUGUACUUGGCCCUACAACAAUUUCUGCGAAAACGGCAACGAACACUACUUCCGUUGCCACAACCCUCUCAUCUAUUGUGACAAACAGCACAAAAGAACAAAUACUAGAAGCAGCGCGGCGCGUUGAUAAUGAUGAUGAGUCCGCGUGGUCCACCGCUUUUCCCUGGCUCGACUACUUUGCGGAGCUGUUUGUGGUUCCGGCGGGGACUCCUGGAGAAGGGACGGCCGAAACGAGUUUUGUCACCAGAGCUCCAGCCGCGACCAAGAAGUUCGUGAAGAAGGAACUGAAAUCCGAGGACGAAACCAGAGAGCAAUUCCAAGACCAGGUCGGCUCCUACAUUCUGCUCGAGCCGUUUUUGUUGAUCCCCUUAGUUUGGAUCCGCCGCUUGGCGAAGUUGGACCUCUGUGCGAUUUUCGGCGACGUGGCGAUUUUCGGAAUUCUGUUCUACGUCUUCUUCUUCUCCAUGAGCGAUUUGUUUGCGAAAAUCGUGGCUGCGAUGGCACUUGGACGAGGAGAGGGAGUAGAGGACGAAGCUGCACGACGCGCCGCAGCUGGAACAUCGAGUCCCAUAAUUUCGGCUAGCAACGGUGCGGACGGUAGUUCCGCAGCCACUGCAGCCAGCACUGCUUUCCUCGGCGUUGAGUUCUUCUUCGGCUCUUCCAACACGAUCGGCCUCACCGUCGGCACGUCCAUUUUCGCUUUCGAAGGGAUCGGCGGUCUGCUCCCCGUAUACGCGUCGAUGCAGGAGCCGGAAAAGUUUCUCGACAUCUACCUUUACUGCAUCAUUGCCAUUGGGUUUCUCUUCUGCAGCUUCGGCACCAUCAUUUACCUCGCUUUCGGGGCCGCGGUGCCGACAAACGCGAUGCUGACCUUGCCGCUUGACUCCCUCGGCCGGGUGAUCUACUUCGUGUACGCUUUAGGGGUGUGCGCGACUUACCCGCUGUUAUUAUUCCCAGCUGUCAGGGUGGCGGAGACCUACAUGUUUCCCAACGAGUACGAGGAGCGGAAGACGAUGCGGGGAGGGUUUGGUGGCGCAGGAGUUCUUUCAGAGCGGAAACACAGGACAACCAUCUACGACGUCGUCGACCGGAAUAGUACGAUGAGUACUUCUAACCUGCAACAGCCGCUCCUGCAGUUUGGUACGUCUACCGCACCAAUCCACUCGAGAAGCUCGAGCAGACAAAAGUCGGAGCAGAGCAGCCCGUUUCACAGCAAAUCCAACUCCCCCGCGCGAACGCCCCGGGAACUGAUUCUGAUAAACAAGGGAAAGUUUAAGUGGUGGAAGAACUGCUUUUAUCGUAAGGAAAAAUCCCCCCUCCCCAUAUCGAAAACGUAUCCGUCUGAAAAUUUGUGAUGCGCAUUUGUGACCUCAAAUCCUGUCUGUCUUGCAAGAAGGCAAGUCCAGAAAGCGUUCCGCAUUUAUUUGCAGGCGGUUUGUGAUGCUGUUGGGCUAAGAGCAUACGCGUUUGUCAUGCUAGGCGCCUACGUCAAAACCUCUCGACUGAGGCUUGGCAUAUGCCUGCAGUCCUCUACUGCAAGACAAAUCUGAAGACUUGUGUAUGGAGAUCCAGUAUCAGAAACUUCGUUUCGAUAUGGGGAGGGGGGAUUUUUCCUUUUGAUAGCUUUCGGGGGGUAGUUGUCUUCAUCCUCAGUUUCGUCUCCUACUACGGGGCAGAGGCAUUGGAUGUCUUCGUCGCGGUGCUCGGCGCGCUCUUCUGCACACCGAUGGGCCUGGUGUUUCCACCCUUGAUGCUCCUGUGGAUGAAUUUUUCAAAAAAGAAUGCACAAGGAAACACGAAAUCAACAUCACUAUCAUUGAAAAUAAAUGGCGGUGCAAAUAACAAAAUGAACGAUCUCUCCUACGCGAAAACUUUCGGCCGCUUCUUGGGUCGCACGGAGUUUUUGGUAGCCCAACUAGUGUUUGGGUUUGUGUGUAUGGUGUACACGUGCUACAGUUCUUUUUCGAAGGUCUAUGACCUGCUGAACAAAUCAAAAUGUGAAGCCGGCGGAGCCCUUACUCUCUGGUCCUGGCGCAGGAGUUGCGAG